AUGACGCUUUUCAGCCUCAGGAACCAUGGCGAAAGAAGUCGCAAUCGUAUUCGCCUUCAGCCUUCAAUUACUUCAUUCCGCCCAUCAAAUGCUCGGACGAGAAGAACCAGGUAUUGGCUCCUGGAUGAGCGAUGCUUCAGUGCCGUGACUCCGAAUCCCGGCUCCGUUUGCAGCCCUCUCCGGCGCGCCAACGCAUUCUUCCAGCGCGGGUGUCCCGACUACAUGGUCGGCGAGCCCGUCUCUGCGGCGAGGCUGGGGCAUUCACCGCUGCGGCGCUCGUUGGUGGAACGGUACCGUCAGCCGUCGGCUAUUCCAAUGACUGGUAACCAGCAAUUUCACACCGUCUUUCACUUUCCCCUGAGACCUCCACUGCAGCGGACUUUUGCGUUACAGAUGGGGUACUAUUUGUGA